GGCAUGUGAAGUAUCCUAAACACUUUCAAUACUUCCAAAAUUAUCACAACCAACAAACACCAUUCCCCACAACUCUAGAGCAUAACACUUUCUCAUAACUCUCACCUCCUUUUCUCAUUAACUUUCCAUCUUUCAAACCAACUCCCCCAAUAUAGAAUAAAAAAUACACCAAUAUCUUCAUCAUUAACAUAUUAUUAACUUUUUAUAUCACCCCACUUUAUAUUAUACACCAUCACACUCCAUAUUUUUCAACUUACGUAAUUCUCUUUCUUCAACCACUUCUAUUUUCUCUCUCCUCCAUGGCCACCAAAACUCCUUCUUCUUCUCCAUCUCAAUCAAUCUCCUUACCAUUCAAGACACGUGUCCAAGUCUCAAUCCUAAACUUCGUAACUGACGCCGUUCGUCGUACUAACGGAACAAUCAACCGCCGUCUAAUGAACAUUCUAGACCGUCGUAUUCCUCCUAAUCCAACCCCACUUAACUCCGUUUCCUCCCACGACGUCGUUUUCGACCAACCCAAAAACCUUUAUUUUCGUCUUUUCAUCCCUCACAAAAACGACGUCGUUUCAACCUCCUCACUCCCAGUAAUCGUCUUCUUCCAUGGUGGAGGUUUCGCCUUCUUAAGCGCUGCAUCACACGCAUACGACGCCGUUUGUCGUCGUUUCUCACGUAAACUAAACGCCGUCGUUUGCUCCGUUGAAUACCGUCUUUCACCUGAACACAAACUCCCUUCUCAAUACGACGACGGUUUCUCCGUCCUUAAAUUCCUCGACGACGCUAAAAACCGCCGGAAUAUUCCUCAAUGGCCGGAAAACGCUGACGUGUCGACUCUCUUCCUUGCCGGAGAUUCCGCCGGAGGUAACUUAGCGCAUCACCUCGCCGUGAAAUUCGCGCAAUCUUCAUCAACAUUCUCUCUACUAAACGUCGUCGGAUUGAUCAACAUACAACCUUUUUUUGGCGGGAAAGAAAGAGUUGAAUCAGAGGUUGAACUCGAGGGAGCACCUAUAGUAUCGAUGGAUAGAACUGAGUGGUUGUGGAAGGCGUUGUUGCCUGAUGGGCUGGACUUUGAUUGUUGGGCCGUGAAUGUAAGUGGGCCGAAUGCGGUGGAUAUUAGUGGGCUGAAUUUACCACCAACUGUUUUGUUUGUUGGUGGGUUUGAUCCAUUGAAAGAUUGGCAAAAGAGGUAUUGUGAAUGGUUGAGAAAAAAUGAGAAAGAUGUGAAGUUGGUUGAGUAUGAAACUGCUAUUCAUGCUUUUUAUGUUUUUCCUGAAUUACCUCAGACUAAUUUGUUGUUUAAUGAGAUUAAGGAGUUUAUUAAUAAUCAGAUUUCUAAAGUUAGGUGAACUAAUAAUAUAUGGGAGAAAUUUAGGGUUGUGUUUGUUGGGUUGUUUUAUUUUGUAAUAAACAUAUAUCACUAAUUGUAUUACGUGUUUCUGUUUAAUAUUACUGUAAGUUUAUGUGUA